GCAUGCGCGGCCGCUCCAGCUGUGUCUGUUUGACGUGGCAGAGCUCGCUCUUAGCUCAGCCUCAGCUGCGUUCUGCCGGGUCCGCUGCUAAGUUGAGAACUGGACUUGUGGGACACAGAUUUUUAAGACCUCCCAACUGCUAAUGAAAAAAUUAUCAAAAUGAGUCAGCAAGGAUAUGUUGCUGCCCCUCCAUAUUCUCAGCCGCAGCCUGGAUUGGGAGGUUAUCCACCUGGCUUUGGAACGCCUGUUAUGUCCCCUACCUAUGGGCAUUAUGGUCCUGGAAGUCCACCUCCACAAGCAUCUACAUUAAAAUCAUCUCAGCCAUUUGGAUCUUCUGUUCCACUGAAUUCUCCACCUCCCAAUCAGAAUAAUAAACAGAAUGGGCCUAGCUUCCCUGGAUCUUCUAUGCAACGAUUACCAGGACCCCCAGCUACCAGCAGUUCAUUACCAUCUUACCCACCUUAUGGCCAUGUUCCACCAAACACAUAUAGUGCACCAUCACAUCCAGUUCAUCAAGUGACCAGCCAGCUCAACAACAUGCAAAUAAGUGGCCAUGGAUCUAAUAUUCCCAGCAGUUCUCAAAUGCCACCUGGACCAUCUAUGCUAACACAGUACGGAGGUCAACCUCCCAACUUUGCACCUGGCCCUCUCCCUCCACAAACACCAACCAGCAAUGGUUUUCCCCCUGAACCUCUAAUAAACAUGCAUGAUGGAAUUACAGGACCCCACAAUUUCCAGUCCCAAAUUCCAGGCCAACCUUCAAACCUUGGUUAUCCUCAACAAAAUGCAAACUUUGGUUCACAGAUAACAGGCGCUCCUGGUGCUCCGAUGCUUGGUGCUCAGAUGACUGGUGCUCCGAUGUCUGGUGCUCCGAUGCCUGGUGCUCCGAUGCCUGGUGCUCCGAUGCCUGGUGCUCCGAUGCCAGGCGCUCCAAUGCCUUACCCUGGUGCAUUUCCUGGAAGCCAGCCUCAAAUGGCUGGACCACCUCAAAAGAAACUUGACCCUGAUUCCAUACCCAGCCCUAUACAAGUGAUUGAAAAUGAUAAAAUCAACAGAGCAGGCCAAGUCUACACUACAAAUAUCAGAGGACAAGUCCCUCCUCUUGUCACUACUGAGUGUGUGGCUCAGGAUCAAGGGAAUGCCAGCCCACGUUACAUCAGAUGCACAUCCUAUUGCUUUCCUACCUCUGCCGAUAUGGCUAAGCAGUCUCAUAUCCCACUUGCUGCUAUCAUCAAGCCUCUAGCUGUGAUUCCUGAUAAUGAGACACCGCUUUAUCUCGUUAACCAUGGAGAAACUGGACCAAUCCGAUGCAAUCGAUGUAAAGCAUAUAUGUGCCCAUUUAUGCAGUUUAUUGAAGGUGGAAGAAGAUUCCUAUGUUGUUUCUGUAGCUGUGUCAACGAAGUGCCUCCAUUCUAUUUUCAACAUCUGGAUCAUAUUGGCCGGAGAGUCGACUACUAUGAAAGGCCAGAACUGUCUCUUGGAUCAUAUGAAUAUGUUGCUACAUUGGAUUACUGCAAAAACAAAAAGCCAUCAAAUCCACCAGCCUACAUCUUUAUGAUAGAUGUUUCCUAUAAUAACAUAAAGAAUGGUGUUGUCCGUCUAAUAUGUGAAGAGCUGAAGACGCUUUUGGAUAAACUUCCAAGAGAGGAACAUGCAGAAGCCUCUUCUAUCCGGGUUGGAUUUGUAACUUACAAUAAGGUGCUGCACUUCUAUAAUGUGAAGAGUAGUUUGGCGCAACCUCAGAUGAUGGUGGUGACAGAUAUGGCAGAGGUUUUCCUUCCUCUACUGGAUGGCUUUCUGGUCAAUUUCCAGCAGUCAAGAUCAGUGAUUAACAACUUACUUGAUCAGAUUCCAGAGAUGUUUGCAGAUACAAAUGAUAGUGAGACUGUCUUUGUUCCUGUAAUCCAGGCUGGCAUGGAGGCACUGAAGGCUGCGGAAUGUGCAGGAAAGCUUUUUAUCUUCCAUUCAUCUCUGCCAACUGCAGAAGCACCAGGGAAAUUGAGGAACAGAGAUGACAGAAAACUGGUUAAUACCGAUAAAGAAAAGACUCUCUUCAUGCCUCAAACAAAUAUCUAUGAAUCCCUAGCCAAGGAAUGUGUAGCCAGCGGGUGCUGUGUAGAUCUUUUCCUUUUCCCUAAUCAAUAUGCUGAUAUAGCGUCCAUGGGCAAUGUCACUUUGCUGACAGGAGGUACCCUCUACAAGUACAGUAACUUUCAGGUGCAUACUGACGGAAAGCAUUUUAUCAGUGAUCUUAGGAAAGAUGUUGAGAAAGCAAUUGGAUUUGAUGCGAUCAUGAGGGUUCGAACAAGUACAGGUUUUAGGGCCACUGAUUUCUUUGGUGCAGUCUACAUGAACAACACAACAGAUAUAGAAAUGGCUGCUGUGGACUGUGAUAAAGCAGUGACUGUGGAGUUUAAGCACGAUGACAAACUUAGUGAAGAUUCGGGAGCAUUUAUACAGUGUGCCCUGUUAUACACAACCAUUGGUGGACAGAGACGACUCCUAAUUCAUAACAUCAGUCUAAACUGUAGUUCCCAGUUGGCAGAUAUAUAUAAGAGCUGUGAAACAGAUGCCCUUAUUAACUUCUUUGCUAAAUCAGCUUACAGAGCUAUUCUUCAUCAUCCCUUGAAGACUGUGCGUGACAUAUUAAUUAACCAGACUGCACACAUUUUGGCAUGCUACCGAAAACAUUGUGCCAGCCCCUCAGCUGUCAGCCAGCUCAUCCUCCCAGACUCAAUGAAAGUGCUCCCUGUAUACAUGAACUGUUUGUUAAAAAAUGAGGUUCUGGUGGGAAGCUCAGAUGUUCCAACAGAUGAGCGAGCAUUUCAAAGACAACUGGUUAUGUCUAUGGAUGUUGCCAGUUCACAGCUGUUCUUCUACCCACUACUUCUGCCAAUUCACUCAGUGGAUCCAAAGAGUGAAUCCUUGCCAGCUGCUGUACGCUGUUCUGAAGAACGUUUAUCCGAAGGGGGAAUAUUCUUAUUGGUCAAUGGUAUUCAGAUGUUCCUGUGGUUGGGAGUAAGUUCUCCUCCAGAGUUCAUCCAAGGAAUUUUUAAUGUGCCUUCAUUUGCACACAUCACGCCAGAAGCCACAUUACUUCCUGAAGUUGACAGCCCACAUUCUACAAAAUUAAGGUCACUUAUUGAAGUUAUCCAGAAGAAAUGUCCUUACUCUAUGAAGCUUAUCAUAGUCAAGCAGCGGGACAAACCUGAAAUGUCUUUCCGACAGCUACUUGUAGAGGAUAAAGGUCUUUUAGGAGGCGCUUCAUACAUGGAUUUCCUCUGCUGUAUUCAUAAAGAGAUUCGUCAGCUCCUCACAUAAAACAAUGUGCUGACCAGUCCCUGUAAAUGUCCAUACACAUAUCAGAAUAUUGCAAACUCGUAUUAGCCAAAAACAAGCUUAGAUAAGCUUUAAUUUACAAACCUUUUCCUAGACCAUAUAUUUACCCUAGAACAUUUCUGCUCAGGUACAUAUUUUACAACACAUAAACUGUGUUUAUUUACAGCAGAACACUUGUUUUUUUAAUAACUGUGUUUUAAUGUCAAUAUUAUAUGUAAAAUUGCUUUAAAAACAGAGCCAGAGUGUUUUCUAUGCAAAUGAAAAUUCUUUACUAUUAUUAUUAGAAUCCUCUAUAUUCUGCAAAAUGAAUAACACAAAGACACAAAUCAAUCAGCAACAAGCAGUUUUUUUUCUGUUUAUGAAAAAAAAUGGAUUUGUUAAAAAAUGUUUUUCUUUUAAUGAUAAAAUCAUGAUGUUGAUUAUAGACACUAUUAUUUUGAACAAAAUAGAUUUAUCUUAAUUUAUAAGUGGUAUCCUGAAAUUCCAAAUACAAUGUAUAGUUUGUAAUGCAGGAAAUUAAAGGGAGAGUGUACUAUGAUUUUACUUUAGUCUUCAUAAUGUUUCAUUUUACCUGCGGGAGUGUAUUAAAUUGUUUACAGAUAGCUCUUUUACCUUUAUUUUACAAUUUGAAAUAACAUUUUUUACCAUCUAUACAGAAUAAUUCAAUACUUAAGUACUGGUUACAGAAAAGCUAUGUAAAAGAAUGUUAGAAAAACACACUUCCAGUGGGGGGUGAGACAGAGAGGUACUAAAAUGUUCAUUUUCAAUUUUUUCCCUCUAAGGGGCCUAUUUAACAAAGGCCUGUCGGACCUGAUCCGACAGUGCGGAUCAGGUCUGACAGACCUCGCUGAAUGCGGAGAGCAGUAUGCUCUCCGUAUUCAGCAUUGCAACAGCAGCUCUUGUGAGCUGCUGGUGCAAUGCUGUCCCCUUCAGAUUCGCGACCAAUCGCCAGCAGUGGGUUGUCAAUCAAACCGAUCGUACUCGAUUGGGUUGAAUUGCAGCGAUGUCUGUCCGCCUGCUCAGAGCAGGCGGACAGGUUAUGGAGCAGCGGUCUUUAGACCGCUGCUUCCUAACUGGUAUUUCUGGUGAGCCUGCAGUCUCGCCAGAAACACAGGACUUCAAGCUCCAUCCGGAGCUUGAUAAAUGGGCCCCUAAGUAUUAUUGGUCUCCCUGUGUAAAGAAAGAUAAGGAGGAUUUUGUGUAAAUGUAAAAAUAAAAUAAGCUGAUGAGGUCUACUCUCCUUGCAAGCUCAGCCCAUUUCAUUGGGUUGUGUUUUCAAUUAGCAGAGAUAGUUAUUUCAUAUAUACCAAUAUACCUAAAGUAGCAAUUUCCCAUACAGUUUAAACUCUGUAGCUGAUAUAACAAGUUCUAAACACAUUAAUGGGAAACCAAUUUUACAAUACACUGUCCCUUUAACUUUUGCUACAUUAAGUGAAGUGUUUCAUAUAUACCUGUAUAUUUUUUCCUUUGUCUCUUAUAAUGAUCGAGUUAACACUUAUAUUCAAUAGAUCAUUCUAAAAGAUGGGGUUGUCACAUUAUGUACACUUUAUUAGUGUCAUAGUGUUUACAAAAUUGCUUCUCAAAAUAAUAUAUAUAAAACUUUUGCACAAUACAACCAGAUACAGUGAUACAAUGUGUAUCCAAUUCAUCACUGAUAUGCCCAAGUCCUAUGUAUUUAUUAAAUAAUUGUUAAAAGAGUAAAUAUGUCUUCACUAACGUAGUGAACUUCAUAUCAUAACUUCUUGCUUUUAUGAUGAACAGUGAUUGAUUUGUAAAAUAAACAUUUGGGCUUUCCAAAAAUGA